AUGCCGACAGUACAGAUCACACCCGGCUCCGCAGAGCUGCUUCAAAAUGUUGCCGAUACUCUCGGGAAGUCAAAAAGAGUUGUCAUGAUCACUGGCGCGGGGAUCAGCACAAACUCGGGCAUUCCAGCUCAGUAUGACAAGGCAGAGGCUUCAGGAGAUAUCGAAGAGGACAGUGAAUCAAAUGGGGCCGAUAUCAACGACAGGCCCACAAAGCGCCGGCGUACCUCACAAGGAAAUGAGGCCUUGUUGCACGGCACACCAACAAGUACCAGAUCUGCGUCAAGCUCCGAUGCGUCCCCAAUAGUGGCCUUUCCUGGACUUAGACUGAAGAAAACGGAGUCUUGCAACGAGGACACGCCGACCCAGAAGCUCGCUGCCCAGCCACCUGCAGGGAUUGUUGAAAAGGAUGCAAGCAAUGUGCAGUCUGAGCAAAGGCUUACAAGAUCUGUGCGAUUAGAAAAUCGGCUGGCUAUGUCGCGGCAUUCCACAGGGAUCUCGUCAUCCUCUUCCACAACUCAUGAUUCUGUAUUCUCUGCCCGAGAGAUGUCAAGGUCAUCUACGCAGACAGAUGUCUCUAUGGAUACAGUGCCCGCAGAGGAGCAUAGACUCGCGCGAGUAGUUAGAACGCCAAGGACAAACAGGCUGGUCGGAUUAUUCAGCUCAUCGCCGCUCUCAUCCCCCCCUCCUGUUCUAUUUGAUCCAUACGACCAACCCGAAGAGCCAACUGAUCGCAGUUCGAAUUGCUCCGAGCCCGAAGAUUCAGACCAGGAUGAUGGAGAGGAGGAUGAAGGUGAUUUCUUGAGCUCGCAAACCUCGCAAGCACGCCUGAGGACCAUGAAGGGACGUGACUUGUUCGACAGCAAUAUUUGGAAAGAUCCCCUCAAAAUCUCUGUUUUCUACCGAUUUGCCACGACAUUAAGGCAAAAGGUGAGGGAUGUUGAGCCAACUACAACACACCAUUUCAUUGCUCGGCUUCGCGAUAUCGGAAAACUAGCACGCGUUUACACUCAGAAUAUUGAUGAGAUUGAGAAGAAAAUCGGCCUGUCAACUGACUUGAAGAUCGGAGCCGGUAACAAGCGCAGAAAGUCGGCAAAACAACAGCGCCUUGUCGACAACGAAGCAGGCGGAACCGAUGUAUGUACUCAGGCCAAGAAUGACAGCGAUGCCGCAGAAAAGGAUUUGUCUCAGCCAUCCCAGAACACAGAAAGCCUCGAGGUGGUCAAGAAUCGCAUGAGUACUACCUCAGAUAAGGGGGUUGAAUGUGUCUUCCUUCAUGGCUCAUUACAAGCCCUGCGUUGUUUCGCCUGCGCUCAGCUUUGUGAUUGGGGCUCUGAAGACCGAGAAGCCUUGACCAUGUCUGGCGAGCAGCCUGAAUGUCCGCAUUGCGCUGGAGCUACAGCGGCUCGUCAAGAAAAAGGCAAAAGAGCACUUGGAGUAGGAGUGUUACGACCCGAUAUUGUCCUCUACGGAGAGGAGCAUCCACAGUCAGAUCUGAUUUCGUCCAUUGUACAGCACGACCUUUCCGUUGGUCCAGACUUGAUGCUAGUUCUUGGAACAAGUCUGAAGGUUCACGGUCUCAAGGUCAUGGUCAGGGAAUUUGCCAAGGCAGUCCAUCAGAAAGGAGGCAAAGUUGUAUUUAUCAACUUCACCAAGCCAUCUGAGAGCAUCUGGGGCGAUAUUAUCGACUAUUGGGUGCAAUGGGACUGUGAUGCCUGGGUCGAUGAUUUGAAGCAGCGAAAGCCUACACUUUGGAUGUCACCCGACGGGAUUGUCGCGUAUGAAAAGCUAAAGCGCGAGGAGCUGGCUGAGAAGAAGAGAGAGGCAGCAUCCAUCAAGAAGCGCGAAGAGCAGGCGGAGAAAGAAGCAGCAGCCUUGAAAAAGCGUGAGGAGUUGGCUGAGAAGCGAGAGGCUGCAGCUUUGAAAAAACGUGAAGAACUUGCCGAGAAGAGAGAAGCAGCGGCUGUCAAGAAACGUCAAGAACUGGCCGAAAAAGAAGCUGCUGCUGCUAGGAAACGCGAGGAAUUGGCCAGGAAGAGAGAAGCAGUGGCUAUUAAGAAGCGCGAAAGCAUGGAAGAAAAGAAUCGGGAGGCCAUGAUUACCACCCCGAGAGCCUCCCAUCAGGAAGAAUCGGAAAGGCCGAAACCGAAGGAAACUCCAGUGCCGGUUCCAAUCCCGUUCGUCUUCCAGCAACAGACUCUGGCGGUAGCAGGUCAAAUGCCGCCAGUGUCCUCAGCUUUGGCACCAGCUCAACCGGCUCAGGCAUCAAUUACACUCCCAGCUCCAGGUCUAUCCACAGCUUCGAUAUCAGCCCAACCAAGUCAGGCACCGCCGGCAUUUCCAUCUGCCAUUGAACAUGAAAAAACCGUUGAGACCGAGUCGCUGUUCACCGUCAAGCAGGAGGAGAAGGUCUCUCCAAAGUCAAAGGGGCCUGCCAAGAACCCUCAAGCUGAGCGGAACGAUUAUAAUUGCGGCGCUUAUUGUAUGAGUACAAUUGCCGAGGCCUUUUACGCGAUUCGCGGGGAGAAAUUCGACUUCUUCGGGUACACACCCUCGCCGAGGCCAAAUCUCCCCAUCUCGCAAAGUGUUGUGAAGCCAGACGCGCCUGGAAAGCCUGCCACGAAAGCAAGGAAAUCAAGACAUUCUGCCCCGUCUGCUUUGUCUACAUCGCAGGGAUCGUUUCCGGAUCACCGAGCGCCGGCCUUUAAAGCCAGUUUGCUCUCAAGUCCAAUUACCAAGGAUAAACUCAACAGGGCUGCCGCGGAGCUGGGUGUUCUUCGUCCGCAAACGCCGUUGCGUGUUGCUGAGCUGCGUGGUAAUCUAGAGACUGCUGGUUACAGCACCCAAUACACCUUGUCGGAAUUCCAACUACAGCUUCCCGGAAAUCCUCCAGACUUUUCAGCAAACUGUACACCAGCUCCGCUGCCAACCAGACAAGAGGAUGUGCUGAGUGCGUCGCCCGAUAUCCUAUCCUUCUCUGCUCGUACAGAGCCGGUGUACUCGCCAAGCGCCUCUGUGAGUGCUGCGGUGAAGACAAACCCGCGCAAGCGCAAGCCCACAGCCAAGGCCAUGAGCAGUAUGCCGACGACGCCAAAGCAAGUACCACCAGCCCGUUCGGGCUACACUAUCCCCCAACCGGCAGUAAUAGAUCAAGAGAAUAUUCUGCCACCCUUCCGUAGGGAGCAACAAGCUGGUCCUCGUUUGGCUACGAUGGAGCCGUCGUGCAACCCGUCGCCGCCACACAGUCCACUCGACCAGACGCCUCUGGCUUCACUGUCGCCCAACCAGCGAAGGUUCAGCCUGCAGCAUCUUCAUCACCCUAUGAUGCUCAGCUCUCCUCUGGUUAAGUUGCCAAUUGAAGUACGAAAGGAGUCAACCCCAAGUCCCUCUGAUCAGCUCAGGGAAGAGGCCGCAAUCGCACUUUCCGGGAUGAGAAUGUGUCGCUAG